ACAGCACGUGAGUGUGGGCGUGGCUAAAAAACGCGUUAAUGCUCACGCGUAAGUGACACGCGCAAGCUCGUUUGAGGCGAACAUUUGUUACCAUAGUAACCAGUGUAAACAACGACUAGCAAGAGAAGUCCGUCUAAAGAUUUACCUGCAACAGAAAAUAUGUCAGGAUCUGACGAAGAUGAUGCGAGGUUAGGUGAUUCUGAGGAAAAGCAGGAGGAAGAUUACUCAGAAGAAACAGCGGCAAAACAAAAGGUUGAACCCUGCUCAUUAACACAGGAUGUAAUAGGACAGAAGCUUUCCUUAUUGUGCCGGACAGGUGAUGGACUUUCUCAUGCAUUUGUCAGACUUGACCUACAAAACAGGAAUCUGGCAGAUAUUGUCAUAUUGAGUUCAUUUGUCCAUCUGCGUUUCCUGGACAUCUCAUCCAACUACCUGACAGACCUUUCUCCACUGGCUAGCCUGACUGAGCUUCUUUGGAUAAAAGCAGAUAACAAUCAGAUUCAGAGUGUUCGAGGUCAGCCAUUCAGCCAGCUUCCUUAUCUGCAGUGGCUCAGCCUCAAGUCCAAUUGUUUAAGUGAUACAGAGGGCCUUGCUGGGUCUGCACUGGAAAGCCUUAAUCUUACAGGUAAUACCAUUCAGAAAGUGUCUGGCCUUGAUUAUAACAAGCUGACCAAUCUAGUAUCUCUGGAGCUGAGAGAAAACCAUUUAGAAACUACAGAUGGUAUUUAUCUCCCCAACCUGCGUUGUCUUUAUCUGGCCCAGAACAGAAUUAAACGAUUAGAAGGACUGGACAAACUGGAGAAUCUAACAAUCCUUCACCUCAGGGACAACCAGCUGGAGACACUGGAUGGAAUCAGUCCCAGUAUGAAAUCUCUGCAGUAUCUUAAUGUCAGAAGAAACAUGGUAUUUUCCCAGAAUGCAUUAAAAAGCCUGAUGGGUGUUGCUCAAUCGUUACGGACCCUCGUGCUGGCAGACAACCCUCUGUCAGAGACAGAGGAUUACCGGCUCAUUGUCAUCUCAAGCCUCCCUCUUCUUGAAAAACUUGACAAGAUUCAUGUCUCUUCUGAGGAGCAGACUGAAGCUCAAGAAAGAAUCACGGAAUUCCAGAACAUCACAAAACAAGAAGACAAUUUAACAGGCCAAUAGGGAGCAAAGCUGCAUUCACUUGUCUGCAGUCCUGCUGCAGAAGAAAUGAUUCAGUAUAACAUAAGUGUCUAUGAACCAGUUUUUUGUUGUUUUUUGUUAAACAAGAUCAUUGUUUUAUUUUUUUUAUUACAUUUCUGACUAAAUUGUGCCUUUUUUAUUAUGACAGAAUAUAUAUACUUUAUUUCCUUUGAUUUGUUGUCUAUUAUGCUUUAAAGUCGUCAAAUGUCCUCAUUUUACCAUCUGAAAAUAAAUUUAAUCUGUUUA